AUGGUUUUGCAAGACAAUAAGGGAGAUAGGAUUUACUCUACUGUGCCAAGAGCUUUGGUUCAGAAGUGGACUCCGAUUCUGCACGAGUUUCAAAUGUAUACAAUGACAAAUUUCAUAGUAGUUGACAACAAGACAGAGGCAAAAAAUGGUGUCAGUAGGUAUGUGUUAACAUUCUCGCACAGAACCAAAGUUACUCAUGUGGAGGUCCCUACAUUCCCUUUACAAGCGUUUCGCUUUCGUUCAUUUGUUGAUCUCCAAAAUGCUGCCAUGCUUGGAGAUGCUGAUAUGUUUGAUAUUAUUGGCAAGGUAGUGGGAAAGGAAGAACCAAGAGAUCUAGUAACUAGCAAGGGGAGGGAGACCAAGCGAUUGGUGGUUAUUCUCCAAGAUUUAGACAACAACCGGAUGAGCUGCACUUUGUUUGGUGACCUGGUGGACCAAAUCGUACCUCACCUACAGGAAGAGAGGGUAGAACAACUCAUCGUGGUUCUGCAGUACUUUAAGGGAUCCAGGUGGAAUGGAAAAACAUCUGUUCAAAGCAAUUUUGCAAUAUCCAAGGUCCACAUCAACCCGGAUCUAGAAGAAGUCAAUUUUUUCAAGACCAGAGUUGUUAGUGCUGGCCCAUCAAGCGCAUCCAAAAUAAGCCAUGUAUCAUCUCCUAGGGCUUGGUCUGCAGCAGACGAGCUUAAGAAUGGUUGUGUCGUUGUCAAAACAAUAGAAGAAGCUCUUAAUGUUGCUCAGGAAGGUCCGAUAUGGAUCGCUGGCACCAUUGUAUCCAUUAAUGCUGGAAAGGCAGGUUGGUUUUAUAAGGCAUGUCGAAGGUGCCUAAAGAAGGUUGAAACCCCUGUUGGUACUAGAUAUGAAUGUGCAAAGUGCGGCCACACACAUGGAGUAGCUGCACUUAGGUACAAGGUUGAAGUUAUGGCUCAUGAUGGGACAGGUAGCAUUUGUUUGCUACUGUGGGACAGGGAGACCACGCAGUUGUGCGGAAAGCCAGCUGAGUCAAUCUUUAAUGAGAUUGCUCCAGACGAUGAGUAUCCACAUACGCUGGACAACAUGAUGGACAAAAAGGUGCUGUUUAAGCUUAAUGUUAAGGCUGCAAAUGUCAAGCAGUACAAUCCAGUCUACACUGUGAUGAAGGUGUGUGAUGAUGAGGAUACCAUAUCGAAGAACCUCCCAAUGACUUUAGUCGACAAUAAUACUCAUGCAGUUAAUGAGGCUGGGAACAAUAAUUCGUUCGAUAUAUCAGGCAUUGUUGUUAAUCUUACGAUUGACAUUGAUACUCACUCUACUAUGGAUUUUACUGAGGAAUGUGUUAGUAGCAUCAAGUUCAAAACUCCAGCUAAAAGAGUUGCCAGUGGUGUAAAGGUUGCAACUAUCAAUCUCAACCAGGAUGAGGAGGAAGUUCAGCACUCCACCAAUAGAUUUACUCGCAAGCUUUCUAAGAAGAUGAAAUCCCAACGGUCAGAUAUUGAUAGUUAA